GAGCGGGGCCGGAGCCGGGUUGCGGCGAGGCCGCCCUCCACAGGUUCUUCGCAUCUUGUCUGGCUCUGCUCCUUGCUCUCCGAUUUCAGAUCCGGGAGGGGUACUGAGCCUCCAAAGGAGAGUAAAAGACAUAAUGGGUAUCAGCAAUGAAUUGCCAAAUGGGAGCCAGCAGAUCGUGCAGAAGGAAAUACGAGAUGAGACAACACCACUUCUGCCGGUCAAGGUGGAGGAAGAGGGGUUUCAUGAGUUCAAUGGAGCUUCAUUCUCCGGGGCUGUUUUCAAUUUAUCGACCACUAUCGUUGGGGCUGGAAUUAUGGCCUUGCCAGCCAGUAUCAAGAUGUUGGGCAUCAUCCCUGGGAUUCUGAUGAUCAUCGUUGUGGCGUUGCUCACAGAGGCAUCCAUUGACAUGCUUGUCAGGUGCAGCCAUCAGGGCAAGAUUACGUCUUAUGGGUGGCUUAUGGGCGAGGCUUACGGACAGUGGGGGAGGAUUGCACUGCAGUCCUCCGUUGUCAUAAACAACAUUGGCGUGAUGAUUGUUUACAUGAUUAUCAUUGGUGAUGUAUUAUCUGGAACAUCAUCAACCGGUGUUCACCAUCGUGGUAUACUUGAGGGCUGGUUUGGAGCUCAUUUCUGGAAUUCACGUGCCAUUGUUCUUCUUGUGACUACCCUUUUCGUGUUUGCUCCAUUGGUGAGCUUUAAACGUUUGGAUUCGUUGAGAUAUACUUCUGCCCUAUCAGUUGCUCUUGCUGUGGUUUUCGUCGUCAUUACUGCUGGAAUUGCUAUCAUCAAACUCAUCAAUGGAACUGUAGCGAUGCCCAAACUUUUUCCAGAACUGGAUGGUCUUAGUUCCAUCUGGAAGCUCUUCACGGCUGUCCCUGUUCUUGUCACUGCAUACAUCUGCCAUUACAAUGUUCACAGCAUUGACAAUGAGCUUGAAGACAGAACACAAAUUAAACCUAUUGUGCGAACAUCCCUGUUCCUCUGCUCCAGUGUUUACAUCGCUACAAGUUUCUUUGCAUAUCUCCUCUUUGGCGAGGGUACUCUAGAUGAUGUCCUCGCCAAUUUUGAUGCAAACCUUGGCAUUCCAUUUAGUUCUCUCUUUGAUGAUAUAGUGAGAGUGAGCUAUGCUGCCCACGUCAUGCUUGUCUUUCCCAUUGUCUUCUUUGCACUUAGGCUCAACUUGGAUGGACUACUCUUCCCCACAUCAAGGCACAUUUCUCGUGACAACAAGAGAUUUGCCAUCAUCACCAUCACACUUCUCACAGUAAUUUAUCUCGCUGCCAUCUUCAUACCGAGCAUUUGGGAUGCAUUCCAGUUUACUGGUGCCACUGCUGCUGUCCUGAUUGGUUUCAUAUUUCCUGCCAUGGUUAUACUUAGGGAUCCUUAUGGAAUUGCAUCCAAGCGUGACAAGAUCUUGGCUGUAACCAUGAUUGUGCUUGCUGUUCUCUCCAAUUCUGUUGCUCUAUACAGUGAUACAAUGAAUAUCUUCCGUAAGAAAGAGGUGGCCUGAAUGUCCAACUCCAAAGGAGUGGUGGCAAACAUCAAUGAUGCAGGAAUCGCGGCUUCACAUCAGAAGACUCAGAUAUCGUGGAAGGAAAUGAUUUCCUGGAAUCCAGCGAAAGAAGAUGAUUUGUUCAUCAGCAUUUGAAGUUCCAGUCACCUGAAAGAAUUGGAUGGUUCAAUCUGUGUGGUUUCUUGUGUAAACCGGCUCAAAUUCGAGUUGAGCUGCUCGCGGUAUAUGUAUUGUCGUCUGCUUGUAUCCAUAAGCAAUGUAUGGCUUCAGAAAGCCUGCUUUACAAUAAUGUACAGUUUUGAAAAUAUUUGAGAUGAGUCUAUGUGAACCUGAACGCAGUGUCGAAA